AAAACAAACGCCAUGUGCUCACGUGCGCCUUCGCGAUGAACACCCCUACUACGCCGAAAGGCGUCACAUUUUCUCCGGUUUCAGAUCGCAGCGGUGGUGCCGGUUCAACUCAGGGAAACUUGACUGGUAUCGCUCGGAAAAUAAAGGACAGCUGCGCCGAUAUCUACAACCUGUCGCAACGGUGGGACACGCUCCGAGCCAACGGAGCCGUACUGCUGAAUAGGAUAGCAGCCACGAAGCUAAAAAGUCUGCAGGCUAAAGAGGACGAAACUCCAGAUGAAGCAGAACACAGUGACAGCAAGCUCUUGGAGCUUUGCUCCUUGCUUCUUGAUGUGUGGACCGAGAUGGAUCAGCAAGUCUGCAAGAUGACUUCAAUCGUAAACAACCUGGCAGCCGUGGUGGACCUUCACAACACCUCGUCUUCGCUGCGCGUCGAUGAAGUUCCCUUUGCCACUUGGCCAGUCGAACGUUUCUACGACACAGCUUGCGACAUUGCGGCUGCAUUCGCAAAGGAGCUGGGUGUCAAGAAGUGUGUCGUGGAAGAGGUAGCCAGACAGAGUGAUGAGAAGACACUGUCAUUUUACGUAACUGUGUGGACUUACCAGGCCUACAUCGACGCGGACACCGAACUGUCCCUCGAAGCCAUGGUGCACGAAGUUGGCCUGAAGUGAGCACUCCAGUGAAAAGACUUAUUGGGUUUAUUGGUAGUUUAUUUUUGUAUAAGGUUAAUCGUUCACGAAAAUGCCGCAUUAACCCUUGCACGUACCCGCACAUUCACUCGUAUGUAUGUUUGGUUGAGGAUUGUGUGUUUCUGAGCGAAUGUGCUAUUUUUGCGAUCGAUUAAUUUUAUACUAAAAUGAACAUUCCUCGCUUCAGGCGAACUUAUGCUUGCGCAUUUGUGCAGUGUGCAAUAUCACUUCGCAAUAUCAUCAUGACGAUGGACUUUUUUUUUUGUGGUGACACCAUCUGUUCACAGAUGAAAUUUUCAACCAACGAAGAGAAAGUGACAGACACCUGCAACAAUAGGUUAGUGGCUGUAAUGCAGGAUCGCAAAGCACCAAUCCCGACCGCGAUGCCCGCAUUUCGCUGGAAGUGAUAUGCAUUUUCAAGUCGAUAACCUUGAUCGUGAUGGGUUUGCAGUAAGAAUAUAUUAGGAAUAAAGAAUACUGGAAACAAGAAAUGUGGUUAUGGGAGAGAGAAUAACUGUGCCAUCGUGAUUUGCAAAGUGGUGGAUGGUAUGUAAACACCUGCAAUGUUUACCGUGUUGCAAAAUACACUCCUGUGUAUUUUGCAACAGGGUACAUUGUUUUAAUGUAGUUACAUUGGACAGGGCAGAUUUCAUCUGUCCUCUAACACGGCAAUAAUUCAUUGAGUCUAAUCAAUCCCAUGUGAGACUCUGCAUUUAUGGCUUUAUUAGUUGAAUGAUCUAAAGAAGUCUUCAUUUCCUCGACACUGUUAUCCUUUAAUAAGCACUGUUAUUCUUGAUAUUUAAACAGAAAUUAAAAUUGGGUGAAUCAUUAGUAUUUAUCCUUAUAUGUGACAGCAAAUGUUACUGGCACAUUAUUUGAAAUUUUGAUUGUUCGCAUGCAUCUAGAAAAAAGUUUUGCGAAAAAACUUUAAGUUGCGUCAUGAUAGAGCCAGUUUAGAUGAAGUUGCUUAGCGUGAGUAUGAACAGUAUAAUGUGUUCAGGAGAUUACACAUGGAAAAGGUUUAUGGCAAGUUUUCAUUUUUUGGAGGCAUUAUAGCUGAGAAAACCAAAGAAAAAGGCUACCUCGUAACUGGUCUACUGUAUUUUUUGGGGACAAAUGGGAAAAAACUCAUGUGCACAAUAAAGAACAAUUGUCCAUGUCCA